ACGAGCCGGGGCGGAGCUACACCAGCUUCGGAAGGUGUGGAUACUCGCAGUGGUGCAAUAGUUGUGUUUUGUUUUCCCCUCUGGUGGCUUAGUUAGUCUGAUCAAAGAAGAGAGGAGUUCGCAUUUCGUCGAAAGCUCGCCAUGGGAGCACAGGGGUCAUCGCAGCGGGACGGGAAGAUCCAGGAGGAUGCGUCAGCUUCAGCCUCCGGCGGGGAGCUGAGCGCAGGGGUGAAGGUGCUCCAGGAGGGAACCAGCGUCCUGGACGGAAAGCCUUUGGAAAAAAAUGGGCAAAUCUCCAGUUUGACCAGUCUGAAUGGACACUCGGAAGACAACGCAUUAGCAGAAGUUGGCCAGCCAGAUGGUGUGUCCCUGGCUCAGAAGGAAGAGGCUCCAGAGACUACAGAAACCGCCCCGGUUGAAGGGACUCCUCAUGUAAACAGCGAGAAAAUGGAUAAAGAGUCGCCCAGUGCAAAUGAUACUUCUGCUGUUGAAGACAAGGUAGCAGAGGAAAAGACAGAUGAUGCAGGAGAGGUCGGCUUCAAGAAGAUUUUCACCAUAGUGGGCUUGAAAUUCACACUCAAGAAGGACAAAAGUGAUGAAACGGACCCUGUGACGCUUCUGACGGUAAAAGAUAAAGAGGAAGAGGAGGUCACCUCGGCCAAAGAGCCUGCAAAGGCCAAAGAGACUUCUGUACCUGAAGAGAAAACCCCAACUGAUGAAAAUAAAGCCCAGACAGAAGCAUCUACCCCUGAGGGAGAUACAAUUAAAGAUACAGACAAAGAUGAAUCCACUGAUGCUCAGCCUGAAGGCACUGCUGCUGAGGCUGCUAAUGAAGAAGUCAAGGAAGAAAGAGCUGAGAAAGACGCAGAAACCACACCUCCACCCAAGGAGACUGGUAUGUCCCCUUUCAGAAAGCUCUUUUUCGUGGGACUCUUCUCAAACUUGAGAAAGAAAUCCAGCAUCAAGAAGACAAAAGAGGAGGAAGAAAAGGAGGCUGCUGAAAAAGAAGAAACAGCUAAAAGGGAAGAAUCCGCUGCCAAGGAAGAGGAGUUGAAAGAUGUGUCAGAGCAGGUGGCAAAGGAGGAGAAUGCUCUGUCAGAGGAGGAAAGCAAAGAGGAGAAUGUUGCAACAGAGCAGGAAACUAAAGAAGAGAAAUCAGAGACUCCAGUGGAGGGGAAAUCUGAGCCUGAGUCCAAGGAAGAAGCACCAAGCACACAAGAGGAGGCAAAAUCAGAGGCUACCCCAGGGGUGACUCCUACCGAAAUGACUACUGAACAGAACAAACAAAAAGACCAGGCUGAAUCAAGUUCAGAAGAGAAGGUUCCGGCUGAGUUGAGUGCUGAGGUUGAGCUACAGUCGUCACAAGAGAAAUCAAAGCCCCAUGGAAGCCCCUUGAAGAAGCUCUUCACUGGAGCUGGCCUGAAGAAACUCUCAACUAAGAGACAAAAGACCAAGAAAGAGUCAGAGUCGAAGCUCACCGAGUCUGGUGAGCAAGUGGUAGAUCCUCCUCCGUCUUCUGCUGAGUCUGAAGAGACUGCUAAAGCUGACAGCGGGCCCUCAUCUCCAGAGGCAUCAGGAGAGCAUGCUGUUGCUGCAGAGGCAAAUCAACACGAUUCUAGCCAAGAGGUUGAAGGGGAAAUUGCAUCUGAUGGUGAGAAGAAAAAGGAUAGUGUCAUUGCCUCCUUUAGAAAACUAGUAACACCCAAGAAGCAUGCUAAAAGAUCUUCUGAUAGUGAAGAUGAAUGCACAAGUGACAAACCAGCUAAGUCUGCCACACUGUCCUCAUCUGAGAGCACUCCACUAGCAGAAAAGAGUGUUGAGGAGGAAGAGAAAAAGGAUGACAAUGCCUCUGGAGAAGAGUCGAAAACUGAAAACAAUGAGAAACUGACCAGUAGCACUGAGGAGACCAAGAAGAAAAUGGACACCUCUGUCUCCUGGGAGGCUCUGAUGUGUAUGGGUGGACCCAAAAAAAGAACAAGGAAGAUCUCUGACUCUGAUGAUGAGGAGACCAAAGCUGAAGAGGAGGUAUUAGUAGCUGCUGCAGCAGAAGAAGAUGUAAUGGAAGAAGGGAAAGACAAGGGUGCCACUGCUCCUUCCCAAAAUCCUGAAAACGAAGAAAUAGCUCCUGCACCUGAGCCAGUCAGCACCCCUCCUGUAAGAGAGUCCCCCUGGAGCACACUGAAACGCUUGGUUAUGUCAAAGAACAAGCCCAAAAGUGAGGAGAAGCCAGAUGGGCCUGCUGACCAAGCCCAGCAAGACACUGAAACACAAAAAGAAGAGUCCACUUUCUCUUUAAGAAAGCUCUUCCCCGGACGCAAAAAGAAGGUCAUAGAAAAACAAGCGUCUGCUGACCAGGGCUCAGGUGAGGAGGACUCUGACACCCCAGCUGUGGUUCCUCUCUCGGAGUAUGAUGAACAAGUUGAAGCAGUACAGGAAACACCACAAGAAGCAGCUACAGUCCAGAGUAAAGGGUCUGUUGAGGACAGAUCACCAUCAUGGAUUCCAGCCAACAUUGAAGAUGCAGAAGAUCAACAUGAUCAGCUCAGUGAUAUUCCAGAGGAGGCGGAAAAUGCAGCUACGCCUAAAUCCGUUGACACUGACGUUCCAGAGGAUGAAACUGACGACCAGGUUACUAAAGGUCCAGGCCGCACAGGACGCAGACUGUCCUCUGCUGAGGUGAAGCCUAUUACUCCAGCUCCAGCUGCAGCAACCUCCCCCGUUCCACAGGGACCCAGGCAGGAGAGUGCAGAAGAGGUCAUUGGUGCAAUUGAGGCUCAAAUAACUGAAAUCCCAAUCCAGACAUCUGUGACUCUGCAAGAUGUUCCGCUGGAAAAAGCUUCUGCAAAGUCCGAGUGUUACCCAGAAACAGAAAGCGCCAAGACCAUAACCAUUGCUAUCCUGGAGCCACAUGCACAUGAUGAGGCGGUGGCUCUUUGUAGCGGUCUCACAACCAAUGAGAUUGCUGACGUUGCUGUGGAGCAACCUGUGGAGCCUACAUUAGAAGGCAUAGGCCUUGUUGGUGAUGCUACUAACGUUGAGAUGGCUGCAGAGGAGAAAUCAUUAGAACCACAAGAAGCUGUUGUGUCAGAAGAUCCUGUCCUCCAGGCUCAUGUUAACAAAGUACAAACUCUGGAGAUUGAGCCUGUUGCAGAUAAAUUAUUUACUGAGGUGGCAGAAGUUGAAGUUGCCACUGAAAGCUAUGAGCCUGAGAUUGAGAAGGUUGGAGCUGUUAGCACUGAGAACUCUGAGGUCAUUCAGGCCACAACACAAAAUAAGAACUCCCCUAAAACUGUUGUGGCCAGCGCCAUUCCAGAAACAGCUGUCUGCAUCCAGGGUGUAGAAGUCUCUGAGGUAACUCUAGAGUCCAAGGAGGGUAUAAUGAACACACAAGACGGGACCCCUGCUGUAGCUGAAGAAAAUGCCAAAAUACAGGGAGCUGAAACUGCUGUCCCUGCUGUUGUGCCAAGUGAUGAAACUGCUGUUAUCACUGAUACAGUGGUUCUUGUUGCUCCAAAUGAGAAUGCCGAGCCAGUUGAUGCUGAACAAACUAAAGAAGAGAAAGAAGUGAAGGAAGAGGUCCAUGAGGCCAGUGAGAUUGAGACUCAGAGUGCGGUCAUUGCAGAAGCUGUCAUCAAGGAUGCUGUUGAUAAAGUUUUAGAAGAUGCACCACAACCCAAAACGUCAACUGCAACCACCCCAACACCAGUCCAGGCAACAGCUACAACAGAGAGUGAGAUUGGCAUUGCAUCUGACCAAGUUAUCAUCACUGACACCCCUGUUCCUGACAUCUGUAAGAGACCAGUCCAAAAAUCCCCUCAGCCCUUAUGUGUUGCCAUGGAGGUCAUCGAGGCCCUCCCAAUAGAGGUCACAGAAAACAUUGAAGAGGAUGACAAUGAGGAGGAGAAACCCAAGAAGAGUUUAAAGGAAGCUGUGGAGGUACAAAUAAGUGAAGAUGCUGUCAUUGAGGAAGAGGUAACAGAGAUCAAGGAGAAUGAUGUUGAGGAGAAAGACAUCAAAAAUGAUCCGGAGAGAGAAGUCAAAGAAACCUCUGAGGUUGAAAACAAGUUGGAGGCUGAGGAGGAGAAAGAAGAGAAGGAGGUUGAGAUCCACAUGCCAACACUGGUGGUCCUGCAAUCAGCUGAAGAGGUUGAAGAGCAGCCCGUGGAAGUAGAAACCGUGGUGAUGCUUGACGGCGACAGUUCCAACACCAGCGCAACAGCUGAGACUCCUUCAAGACAAAACAAACUCCCAGAGCUGACAGAAGAGCCUCAGGAGUCUAGUUCUGCUGAGGCUGCUGCUGCCAAUCAACACACGGAGGCAGAUGAAAGCCAACUGGAGCAAGUACCAUCAGCAAAGUGUGCAGAGGUGAUGGCGCAAGUGAUCGAGGUGAUUGAGGAGGCUGUGAAAGAGAUUGAGCCUGUGUCCACAGAGAUCACAGCAGCUUCAUGAGCAGCUGAGGAUGCAGCACCAUUGCCUUGGAGACAUUCGUCAGGAUCAGGAAGUGUAAGAGAAAAAGAU